GACGUGCCCCGCCCCCGGCGCCCGGAGCCCGGAUGAAGAGUAACGCCAUUACGCCGGAGCAGCGGAGAGUACUCGCGGACGGGCGCUGGGCGCUGGGCACCGGAGCGGCCGCGCCAUGAGACUCCUCCCCCGCCUCCUGCUGCUUCUCUUGCUCGUGUUCCCCGCCGCCGUCUUGCUCCGAGGCGGCCCCGGAGGCUCAUUAGCAGACGCUCAGGAUCUUACAGAGGAUGAAGAAACAGUGGAAGAUUCAAUAAUUGAAGAUGAAGAUGAUGAAGCUGAAGUGGAAGAAGAUGAGCCCACAGAUUUGGCAGAAGACAAAGAGGAAGAAGAUGUGUCUGGUGAACCUGAAGCCUCUCCGAGUGCAGAUACCACCAUCCUCUUCGUGAAAGGAGAAGAUUUUCCAGCAAACAACAUCGUGAAGUUCCUCGUAGGCUUUACAAACAAGGGCACAGAAGACUUCAUCGUGGAAUCCCUGGACGCCUCGUUCCGUUACCCUCAGGACUACCAGUUUUAUAUCCAGAAUUUCACAGCUCUCCCUCUGAGCACGGUGGUGCCACCUCAGCGACAGGCGACUUUCGAGUACUCCUUCAUCCCCGCAGAGCCCAUGGGGGGGCGGCCGUUCGGGCUGGUCAUCAACCUGAACUACAAAGAUCUGAACGGCAAUGUCUUCCAAGAUGCUGUCUUCAAUCAAACAGUCACGGUUAUUGAAAGGGAGGAUGGGCUCGAUGGAGAGACAAUCUUUAUGUACAUGUUCCUUGCUGGUCUUGGGCUUCUGGUGGUGGUCGGCCUUCAUCAGCUGCUGGAAUCUAGAAAGCGCAAGAGACCCAUACAGAAAGUAGAAAUGGGAACAUCAAAUCAGAACGAUGUUGACAUGAGCUGGAUCCCUCAGGAAACUCUGAAUCAGAUCAACGCAGGAGGAGGGAGACCCAGUGACGGCAGCAGACCAGCUCGGCAGCUCGCCAGCUCUCCAGCUCCAGUGUCCGGGUGCAGAGGUGCGCGCCCUCCUCGGCUGCUUCAGGAAAAAGCCUGGACCAGGUCCCUGGAGACCCGGCACUCUUGGCUGCAGCGUUUGGCUACUUGUGCACCGUAGGACGCACCGCCGGCUCCGCUGGAUCAUCCGCCGGAUCUGGAUCCGGAUCCUGCAGGGAAGCACGGCCGGGCAUGGCUGUAACCAGGGCUUCUGGCUGACGAAUACUGGCUGUUGUGCUUUGUUUCUGGGCGGGGAGUUCCCAGGACACCAGGCCGGCGUGGCUGGCAGUAGGGCUGGACCUGGGCGAACCGCGAUCGAGCUGCGGUUCCAUCGGGCUCCGGGUGCUCUUACCUCGUGGGAGAUGAACCAGGUCAUGCACCCGAGGGCCCCGUGGGAACCGAGGGCCGGAGGCCCCACAGCGCGAUGGGUGUGACACCACCUACCCGGCUCGCAGUGUCGUCAUUGGGGACUGCCUGGAGUCCAGUAGGGAGGGGCGCGCAGUGGGGCGGCCUACAGCGGUCCAGGCGGCCGCAGGUGCAGGGGCGGCCGGCCCUGCUGAUCAGCGCUUUGUGUGAGUAGCCGUCAUGUCCCGGGGAUGCGGUUCCUGGCCUGGCCUCUGGACCGGGUCUGUGCGUGGCCUCUGGGUGGGCUGCGCGAGCUGAACUGUAUUGAAUUGGGCUGAAAUAAAUCGAGCAGAAAGGCAA